CUCUCUCUCUCUCUCUCUCUCUCUCUCUCUACCCCCGCUCAAUCUCUGUCUCUCUCUCUGUGUCUGUCUCUCACACUCGCUUCUCCUGUGCUCGUGUCCCUUUCUCCGCUCGCGCGGCGCCUUUGUAUUUGUUAUUGUUUUUGUAUGUUGAUGUGAUCAUGGCUGUAAAUAAAACGCACGUCAGUAUCGUGUACGCCUCGUUCGGUACGAUCAUGGGCUGCUCUGCUUUUCUGGUGUGGAACAUCGUGUUCAAGCAGCCGUGGACUGCAACCAUGGGAGGACUGUCAGGUGUGCUGGCACUGUGGGCCCUCAUCACUCACAUCAUGUACCUGCAGGACUACUGGAGGACCUGGCUGAAGGGCCUCAAGUUCUUCUUCUUCAUCGGGGUCUUCUUCUCGCUGCUCGCAGUCGUAGCCUUCAUCACAUUCCUGUCUGUCGCCAUCAGCAACAAAGAGUCCCUGAGUGACCCCAACAGUCUCUACCUGUCCUGUGUGUGGAGCUUCAUGACCCUGAAGUGGUCCUUCCUGCUCGCCCUGGGCGCUCACCGCUACCGCAAAGAGUUUGCCGACAUCAGCAUCCUCAGCGACUUCUGAUGUCAUCACCAGUGACCCACUCAGACUCUACUGUUCACUCACUGUGCUGACCUGUAACCCCGGAGUGUCACAGCAUGGGAGAGACAGAGGACACCAGAAGAGGAAUCAGGGGGGAGUUUGAAAUUCUGCUCUGAGUGUCUCACCAGGGUCUCCCCCCCCAAACCUGCAGGAUUUGUUGUCGUCUUGACAACUUCACAGAGAAGUCGUGCUCUGAUUUAUAUGAUCCUUGAUCAAUUUGAUUAUGUUUACAAUAUCGCACAUUCAAACAAAACAACUCCAAACUAUCAUUUUGAACUGUCACGUUUCCACACACUCCUCAGUGGUAAUUAUCAGUUGCAGUCCAGCCUCUAGAGGGAGCCACUGUUCCAAUAAUGAAAUAACAUUUACAGUGCUUGUGCUUGACAUCCCAUCUUUGUAAUUUUUACCUCUAUGUGUUUUCUUUAUGGUUUUUCUAUACCUGUGAAUCAUGACAGGCGUGUUGCACAUCACUAGUAGCACGUACAUAUACGAAGAAAUGUGUGAUACAAGGCUUUAAUGUUCAUCCAAACACUGCUUCAACAGAGCGUCAGGGUUCCGCAAAGGACAAAUGUGCAACACUCAAGCAAAUGUGCUUAUGUGCAAUCCCAAAUAAGCACCACAUGUUUGGAUUGAACAUGUUUUUGAACUAUCAAUGGGCAUUUUUUAUGAUGAGAAUGAUUUUUACAUUAGUUUUAUUUUAAAAGAGUAGGAAAUGUCGGAAAUCAUAAUUUAGAAUAUGGCUCUCAGUUUAGGGCUUUGAUCUGCCACAGUUGCUUGAAUGUUAUUUUUAUAUCGUCCUCAUCAGAAAUAAUGAGAUUAUUUUGGUGUUAUUUCCUUUAAUUGUUCUAGAUCUCUGUUCACUGCCAAUGUGAGAAAUGAAGCAUAACAACAACGUGUGGGAGUAAGUGUGUGUGUGUGUUUGUACAGGAGUGUGUGUGAGAGCCACGUUAAUAAAAAAACAACAUUGUUUCCCA